UGGAUGGAAUAUAUAUUUUUUUUUCUAUUGUGUAUAGUUUUCUUUGUGUUGUGACUUUAUUGAGAUAAACAAAACAAAAUUGUAGUAAAAUAACUAAUGCGUUGUAAUAAAGCAACUAGAGAGAGUUUCAAGACAUUUUCAAUCAAAGAAUAAAUUUAAAAAAAAAAACCCGUCCAUUCUGCGCGUGCGAUUCUCCCAGUAAUGCAAAGCCUCAUAUGUAUCGCGUUAUGUUGUCUGGUCUAUUUCCGCACUGUGUCGGAUGGCAGUGCCUCGUCGCCAUUAUGACUGACCAGGAAGCCACAACCGGCGGCGACUCACGGGUCAAAUUCCUGGUGAACAGUGAACUCCUCUCGGACAUCUCAUUCGUCGUGGGCCAGAAAGGUACUGUAAUCUACGGGCAUCGAUUCCCGCUGGCCGCUGCCAGUGAUAUCUUCUAUGGAAUGUUCACCGGUAAGCUGGCACCAUCGAGUGCCAGUGGGGACCCUAUCGCCGUGCCUGACAUCGAACCGGAUACGUUUUUGGAAAUGCUCAAGUUUAUCUACUACGAUAAUCCCACGGUCAGGGAGGACAAUUUGGUGGAACUAUACUACGCCGCCGUGAAGUACAAUCUGAGUGGACUGAAGAAUCGGUGUCAGCAGUUUGUUGGUCGGGAAGAGCCGUCUGUGAUGAAGAUCUUUACGAGCAAUGUGAAGCAUGGCUUUGAAGAGCUGAAUGCGGCUUGUCUACAGACCAUUUGUGCCAAUCCGUUGGUGAUGUUUCGAAGUUCGGAUUUUCUGGAACUGCCGCUGGAAUUGGUGGAAAAGAUUGCCAGUCAGAGCAAACUUCGGUGCAAUGACGAUCAACUGUUGGAUGCCCUGAGGAGAUGGAGUAUGCAUCUGGAAGGUGCAACCCAUCAACAUGAAGCACUCAAAAAGCUGACGGAAAUCGUUGAGCUGCAGCAAGAACUCAACCGGGAUUAUCAGUGUAGAAAGUGGCUGUUCUUUGGACCGAUUUGUUACACGGUGGAUCCCUGCAAGGGGACGUUUCAUAUGACAGCACUGAAGCAAAUCGAUCUAUACGGAGUAGGGAUGUACAUUGGCUGCCACGAGAACGAAAUGCCUGUAUCAGUUUCCGUCGGGGUCGUUAGUGGAGACAAGAUGAUACGACGAUGGCAAGCCAAUGUUCCGAUUCGGGAGGACAUCUACGUGUACGACUGCAUGUUCGAGAGGGUUUCGCUUCUCGCUAAUUCAAAAGUGACAAUAGUCUGUGAUGGGCCGAGAAAGACGGAUGGACCUCUGAAGAAAUUUACCUUCUGGAACAGGGGUUUCACGUGGACUGGGGACACCUCAGUUAUGAAGCUGGAAGACGACCGAAACUACGAACACACAGCUAUCGCAUACAUUCUCUAUCAAACGAAACAUUAGAACUAAUUUGUGUGUACUUUAUUGAUAAUUUUGAAAUAAAAAC